CAACACCUGAGUUGGCAGUUGCUCCAGAAAUCCUAGACCCUACACAUCAAAUAGGGAAAUUUCUCUUUUGCAAAUGCAAGCCUUUCAUUGCAAGAUUUUUCGUAUUCUGCAGUGAUGUGAAAAUGAGAACAUGGGUAGCUUUUCCUUUUCAAUUGCUCAUAAAGCAUAUAACAAGAUGGGCUUCUCAAAAUUUAGCCUUUCUUCCACCAAGAAGAUCACCAUCAUCCAAUUCAUUUUCUUCACAGAACUACCAUAAGGGAAGGUUCAGAAAUUUUAAGGGGCAAAGAGAUCUUAUUCUAUCAAAUUCUCGUCCUCUGUUGUCAUUUUUUGGUCAUUGUUUUUCUACUGCCAUUCAACUGUUCGAGGAAAUGCCACAAAGGAGCUUUCAUGUCAAUAAUGUUGAUUUUGGAUUAGUUCUUGAUUACAUUAGAUUGUCCCUCAAAAGACCAAGAACUGUGACUGCCUAUGUUGCUCACUGUGCUUCCUUAAAAAUAGGUGCUCUAGGUCACCUACCUAUUUCAACAUCUCUACUCACUGUUUAUUCCAAGGCUGGAGAUUUCAAAUCUUCAAGAGAUUUGUUUGGUGAGAUUAACAACAGAGAUAUCAUAGCUUGGAAUGCCAUUGUUGCAGCAUGUCUUGAAAAUAACUGCUAUAGUAGAGCAUUGGGAUUCUUAGAUGAAAUGAGUAAGGCUCAAAUUGGGUUUGAUUCCACCACUCUAUUGCUUAUGGUAUCAGUUUCACUCCACAUGAAAAAUUUUGAACAUGGACAGGCAAUUCAUUGUUUGAGUGUAAAAUCUGGGAUGCUUGUGGAUAUCAGUCUAGGUAAUGCUUUAACUGAUAUGCAUGCAAAGUGCGGCGAUCUAAGCUCCGCUGAGAGUCUAUUUGAAGAGAUGGAAUAUAAAGAUGUUGUUUCAUGGAAUUCAAUAAUGAGAGGGAGCCUUUACAAUAAUGAUCCAGAGAAAUCACUAUAUUACUUCAAAAGGAUGACUUGUGCUGGAGAAACAGCCGAUUGCAUUGGUCUAUCUUGUGCUAUUUCGGCUUCUUCAAGGUUGGGAAAGUUGGCUUUUGGCCAGUCCAUUCAUGGGCAGGGAAUCAAACUAGGUUACAGGGACAGAUCACAUGUUUCAUUUUCCAACUCUCUCAUUUCGUUGUAUUCACAAAGUGGCGACAUCAGCGACGCUGAGACAGUAUUCAGGGAAAUAGCACAGAAAGAUGUCGUUUCCUGGAAUGCAAUGAUGGAAGGAUUUGCUUCAAAUGAAAAAGUUAAUGAAGUAUUUGAUCUUCUGCUUGAAAUGCAAAGAACAGGAUCUUUCCAACCUGAUGUUGUAACAUUUACCACCAUACUUCCACUAUGUGCAGAGCUUCUGCUCUCCAAAGAAGGAAGAACUAUCCAUGCAUUCGCAAUUCGACGACAGAUGGUACCUGAUCAUCUUCCUAUGCUGAACAGCCUGAUAGACAUGUACUCAAAGUUCAACCUUGUGGAGAAAGCCAGGAUCUUGUUCAAUUCUGCCUCACAGAGAGAUUUGGUAUCAUGGAAUGUAAUGAUAUCUGGCUAUUCCCAAAACAGUUAUUCUGAGGAAGCUCGAGACUUGUUCAGGGAGUUGCUAAACCGGGUUCCAAAUUGCAGUCCUUCAACUGUUUUUGCUAUUCUUUCUUCCUGUGAUUCCCUUGAUAGUCUCCACUUUGGAAGAUCAAUUCACUGCUGGAAGUUAAAAUCUGGAUUUUUGAACAACAUUCUUCUUGUAAAUUCUCUCAUGCACAUGUAUAUCAAUUGUGGUGACCUGAAAGCUGGUUUCUCAAUUUUGCAAGAGAACUCUGCAGUUGCAGAUAUCGGUUCAUGGAACACUCUUAUUGUAGGUUGUGUAAGAGGUGACCAUUUUCAAGAGGCUUUAGAAACUUUCAGUUUGAUGAGGCAAUUAGCUGCUUUCAACCAUGACUCCAUAACCAUUGUGGGCGUCUUGUCAGCUUGUGCAAACCUAGGACUACUCAGCCAAGGAAAAACUCUCCAUGGUCUUACCCACAAAUCUCCUUUGCAGUCAGAUACACGUGUUCAAAACUCGCUAAUUACCAUGUAUGGCAGAUGCGAGGACAUCGACAGUGCCAGAGUAGUCUUCAAAUUCUGCUCUGUUCCCAACCUAUGCUCAUGGAACUGCAUGAUCUCAGCUCUAUCUCAUAAUAAAGAAAGUAGAGAAGCAUUGGAAUUCUUUCGUGAUCUUCGGUUCAAACCAAAUGAAUUCACCAUUGUGAGUAUUCUGUCAGUUUGUUCUCAACUUGGCAUCCUAAGACAUGGAAAACAAGUUCAUGGUCAUGUGUUCAGGUCCAGAAUUCAAUGUAAUUCUUUCAUAGCAACAGCUCUUGUAGACUUGUACAGCAACUGUGGAAGACUGGACAUUGCUCUCAAAGUGUUUAGACACUCAGAGAAGUCAGAAUCAGCUUGGAACUCCACCAUUGCUGCAUAUGGAUAUCAUGGAAAAGGAGAGCAAGCAAUUGAACUCUUCCAUGAAAUGUGCAAAUCAGGAACAAGGGUGACAAAGAGCACUUUUGUUAGCCUAUUAUCUGCUUGCAGCCAUUCAGGACUAGUUAACCAAGGUCUUUGGUUCUACAACCGAAUGUUAGAGGAAUACAGCGUGGAACCAGAGAUUGAGCAUCAAGUUUAUGUGGUCGACAUGCUAGGUAAAUCAGGUAGGCUUGAUGAGGCUUAUGAGUAUACAAAAGGCUUGGAAUCAAAGGCCACUUCAGGUGUAUGGGGAACACUUCUAAGUGCAUGCAACUAUCAUGGAGCAAUCAAGUUGGGGAAACAAGUAGCUCAACAUCUCUUUGAAGUGGAUCCUCAGAAUGUUGGAUAUUACAUAUCAUUGUCAAAUAUGUAUGUUGCUGCAGGAAGCUGGAAAGAUGCCACUGAAUUGAGAGAGUAUGUACAGGACCAAGGAUUAAAAAAGGCUGCAGGCUAUAGCCUUAUUGAUGUUGGCUUGGGACAGGAGAGUGCUUAAAAAAUUAAUCAAAUUUCAAGGGAUAAAGUUAAUUACUAAUAGAAAUGCUUUUAAAUUGUAGAUAUGUAAAUCUAGUUUUAUAGUGAGCAGUCUCAUAU